CCACAUGCCGGACAGCCUGGAAUACCAGCCGGUCGCCUGCGCCAUCGUGGUUAAUGCCGCCGGUGCCUGGGCAGGGGAGCUACUGGAGACAGCCGGGCUGCCGGGGGGGCUGGCAGAGCCCCCCCUGCCCAUCCAGCCCAGGAAGAGGUACGUGUACUCCUGGCACUGCCCCGACGGCCCCGGCUUCUCCUGCCCCCUCCUCGUCGACACCACCGGAGCUUAUUUUCGCCGCGACGGCAUCGCCGGCAACUACCUGGGCGGCAUGAGCCCCCCCGAGGAGGAAGAGCCGGAUCCGGGCGAUCUCUCGGUGGACCACGAUUUUUUCCAGGAGCAGAUCUGGCCCCGGCUGGCACGUCGGGUCCCAGCCUUCGCGUCCCUCCGUCCCCGGGGGGCUUGGGCGGGCUACUACGACUAUAACGCCUUCGAUCGGAACGGGGUGCUGGGUCCUCACCCCAAGUUAGAAAAUCUGUUUUUGGCCGCCGGUUUUAGCGGACACGGGUUGCAACACGCCCCCGCCGCCGGCAGAGCGGUGGCCGAGCUGGUGGUGAAGGGCCAGUACGAGAGCCUGGACCUGCGCCGGUUGGGAUGGAGGAGGUUGGCCGAGGGGGAACCGCUGGAGGAGGAC